GGGCGGCUUGCGGGACAAGCGAGGGCGAUCUCACGCAGCGCGACGCAGAGGAGGCGCACGCGCCGGUGCCGAGUCCGAGGCGGUCGCACGCCGCGGCGGGGGGCGGCGGCGGGGCGGAGGGCGGCGCGGAGAGCGGGGCGGAGGGCGGGGCGGAGAGCGGGGCGGAGGGCGGCGCGGAGGGCGGCACGGAGCGUGUGGUCGAGGUCGAGGCGGCGCCUCCCGCGGAGGCGGUGCGCGCCGUGUCGGAGGAGGAGAAGGCCGAGGCGAUCUCGGAGGCGGCCGCCGCCGUCGUCCGCUUCUCGUCGUUCGCUCGCCGCUUGGGCGACCGCGACGAUGUCUGCGACCGGACCGCCGCGCUCGGCUUGCUGCCGGAGCUGGGCGACCACUCCGCGCGGCUCGAGAGGACAGCCGCCGCGCUCGCCGCGGCGACGCGCUGCUCGGCGCAGUCCCACUCCCUCCUCACGGCGUUGCAGCGGCUGCCCGCGGCGCGCGGCGCGCGGCAGUGCGCGUGCGAUUCGCUGGCGGAGCAGCUGGCGGCGGGGACAGCGGCGAGCGGCGCCCUCGCCGUCUCGCUCGAGGCGCACGCGGCCGGGCUAAUGCUAACGGCGGUGCAGGGCGCGUUGUGCGGGCCGGCGCCGCGGGCGCGCGAGCAGCUGCGCCGGCUCUCCUCUCCGCAGGUCGAGGCGGCGAGCGCGAUCUUGCAGGCCGCCGCAGUCAAGGCUUCGCCGCCGUUCCGUGCCGCCCUCGCGGCGGCGGCGGACCGGAUCAUGGCGACGGGCGGCGCGCUCGGCCGGCUGAAGCGGCUGCUGCCGCAGGAGGCUGUCGCUGCGCCCGAGGCGACGCGAGGCGCGAGCGACGCCGACGGAUCGGCCGACGGCGCGACCGGGCCCGUCUCGCCCGCGGCCCGCUCGCCGGGCGACACGUCGACCACGAGCCCCACCAAGGGGCCUCCACUCUACGGCCCUACCUCGGAGGCCUCCGGGGCCUCCGAGGCGCCGACGCCGCCGCCGCCCGAGCCGGCGACGAACGCGCCGACGCCGGCGUCGGCGACGCCGGCGUCGGCGACGCCGGCCGCAUCCGAGGCGACCAAGCUCGACUCUGAGAUUGCGGAGCAGCGCCGGCAGCUCGAGACGGAGCGCGAGGCGUUGCGCGCCCGCCGCCUCUCCCGAUCGUGCCGCCACAGCGGCGCAGCAGGCUUCUCGCCAGACUCGCUCCGCACCUCCCCCUCCGCCGCCGGCUCCUCCCCCUCCGCCGCCGGCGCCUCGCCCGCGUUUCCCGCCUCUCCAGCCUGCUCUCGCGCCGGCUCGUCCCCCUGCGGGCUCGGCGCGGAACGCACGCCGAGCGCGCUCACGGCCGCGUCGGAGGCGGCCACCGUCGAGGUU